CGUCGACGGCGGCGGUGAUGGGAAAACCGGGAAUACCAGGACAAAAGCGAGGUUUUUAAUGCCUGCCGUGGCUGUAUCGUUUUUUUUACAAACACACCCCGGAGGUGUAUUGUCACCGAAGAGCAAAAGAGGACCGGAAAGGAGGAGAAACGUCGCGGUUUCAUCGCAGCAUGGUCACAUAUUGACACAAGCGUGCGUUCGACUCGACAUUCGGAUCCAACAGAAGAAAUGCGGAUGGAAAGCUAUGAGGAAUUCUCCUUACGGAGUGCGGCCACACUGCAGGAGGAGGCCAACUCGAAGAGAGCGACGCGUGAGCCCGUCGCGGCGUACUCGUCUGUCGUCCUCUUCUGUGGGAAAGCUGUCCUGUCCCCACUGUUGAGUGGAGAGCAGCGGCAACAGAUGCGCGACCUCAGGCGGACGGCGGUCCAGCUGGAAACGGACCGACGGAACCGGCAGAGGAACAAAGUUGGAGACGUCCCCGCGAGGUGUACGGUGCAGGCGCAGGGACGCACGGGGUCUGCAACAAAAGACGGCAACAAACCGGCUUGCGAGACACGUCAAGUACUGUGCGGCGAGGCUGGUAAGUCACCGAGUCCCAGAGCAACAAGACUCAGUGAUUACAAACUGAUCACUGACUCCCCCGGACUUCCAAAAGACCCAGGAAUUGGCGUUCAAACCAGCAAUCAGCCAACAAGCCCUGUCCUCAAUGGUCUCGUUACUGGGGAUGAGUUGAAGUUUGGGACAGAAGAGAAGAGCGAUGAGGACGAUAUGAGUAUGGACAGCCUUUUCAAGCAAACAAAAGAGAAUGUCAGCAAGGAGCAGAGUAAGGACGGGUUCAAAGUUGUCAUUCCGACACAUUCGCCGGAGGCCGCCUCAGAGAACGCGAUAUGUAGUCCAAAAAGCCGUGUCGAGUUUGGCUUUAGUUUGCAUCGCAGUCCCAUCGGCCCUCCGAAGAUUCCCUUCCAUCAAAAUAUGUAUGAUCCCGAUCCUGAACAGCCCGUAUCGCCUAGUCUUCCCGAUCAGUACAUUCGGCAGCCCAGCCCAGAGUCCAGUUUAAGCCCUCGGACGCAGAGACGUAAACCACGGCCGUUCUCCACGGGGAACAUCCAAAUCGUGUUCCCAGGGAUGCCGUGGGAAGGAGCCUGUCGGUCGGACUGGGAAGAAGCUCUCUCCGGAGCCGCGUGGUCCCCGGAUCACUGGAGCUCCGUGUCGAGCAAUGGCGCGGGCGUUCUAAACAGGCGCGGAAGUCAUCGAUCUGUUCGUUGCGCCAUCAGUCCAAUGCGAGAAACCCAUAGCCCAGUGAGCCCCUCGUUGCCUAGCCCGAUUGGGCAACAUGACCAACUGUCAUCAGCGUUCCGCCGGCGCUGUCACACCUUCGACAGUCAGCUGCACACUGACCAAGCUGGAUCCCUUCACAUUGACCGCAGUCAAGAAAGAACGCCUCGCUUCAUGGCGGGAGUCACGAUGUGCACCGCAAGUCGGCACAACUCGGCUGCCCCAAUGAACAAGUCGUGCAAGGUAGAGAAUCCAUCGCCGCAUCUGCGGAGGCCUCACGUUUGCCCUCAAGUCAAGCUCAGGACGGAGCCCGAUGAGCCUCGUGAUGAAACCUCACCGACUGCCCUCAGAAAUGCUGCAGACGCACAUGCCAAUAACACAGGGGAGAUCCAGAGGCGAGCGCAAAUUCUGGAGGACAUGCAAAGGCGUCUGGAGGAGGAACAUGCCUUACAGAUGUCACUGCUUCUGGCUGAGCAGGAGAAAGAGCAACAGCGCCUCCGUCUGGAGCUCGAAGAGACUGAACGAAGACUGAGGGAGCAGGAGUGUGAGAAACUCCAGACCUCGGAUACUUCUCAGUGGAAGCGCGCGUCUGUGAAUGACGGACUUCCAGCUGAGAGCCCGUCCGCCUCCACGCCGGGACACAGUAUAGGUUUCCCUAGUCCAAUUAGUUCUACUGUGACCUCUCCCUCUGCCCAGUCCCCCGUGUACUUACGAGAGCCCACUUGGGCAGCUCACAAACCUCAAGCGAGGCUAAGUCAGGUUCUGAAAGCAGAAGAACAGAGAGCGUUGUGUCGAAUCAGCGCAAUUGCCCGUGGCUUCCUCACGCGCAGACUCCUCAAAACGCACAAGGUUCAGCAUCUGCGUCAGACCGUCACGGACACACAAGAGUUCAUUAGUUCCUUCAAAACAGAAGGUCCACAGAAGAGAAGCACUUUCUCCGCACAGGAUCUCUCCCUGCAGGACAGAGUUCAAGCCCACUUACGCGCGGCCCUCUACGACAUUCACGAAAUCUUCUUUGAAAUACCUCUGGAGGAUCGAUUGGCGCUGCUGCAGCAGGACAGGGAGCUCUGUGCUGAGAAGAGGCAACGAGACAUGGAGAAAGCCAAGAAGGAAAAGGAGAGAGCGGUCCUGUCUGCUGCCACACAAAGAUCUCUGGACCGAAAAAAGAGGGAGGGGGAGUCACCGGGGCAGGCUCGAAAGGUGAUGCAGAAGCCCAAAAGUCCCACUCCCAUCAGAGUUCAAAAGUCCAGCCAAGUCCAAAAAUGUGUCCCGAGCCAGCUCAACCGCCAGGGGAGCUGGUACAAAAAGACCCCCGAAGCGAGAGUGAAGCGCACGGACAACCUGAAGAACCUGAAGAAGCAGCACUCUCUGGGCUGACAGGUGGCAAACACAUCCCUUAACAUCUUUUUUUUAUUUUUUUUUAGAAUGUUACAUUAACCACUAAGUUUAUUUAGCACUGAUGUUUCCCUCGAGGACCAUAUUUGGUAGAGUAGAACAUUGUGAAUCCCCCCGCUGAAUGUUGUAAUAAUAAUUUUCUGAAAGAUAUUCAGUGGUGCCUUGACUUACGAGUUGAAUUUGUUCCCCGACCACGCUCGCAAUUCAAAAGACUUGUAUCUCAAAUAAUCCUUCUCUAUUGAAAUGAAUGGAAAUGUCAUCAAUUCGUUCCAGCGCCCCCAAAAAACGCCACCAAAUUAAAAUGUGAUGUAAUCAGAUAAUUAAGUAGAAUCUAAAGACUCAAACAGUUUGUGCUUACCAUAAUUUCUCGUGUAUAAUAUGCAUUUAUUUUCUUUAAAAAAAAAAAAAAAUCAUCAAAAGUCAAUAUUACAAAUAGGUAUAAGGAAAAUUAAUAUGAAAACUUGAGUAGAAAUUCGUGGUGAGGAAGCGACGCGAGCGUGCACACGGAGCAGAACGUUUCUUUGAAAAACCUGAAAAAUAUGGAUAAUACUUCGUGUUUUGAGCAUGGUGCAUAUUAUACACAAAACCAAAAAAACGGCCGAGGGACAGAAAAACCCGUAAGUCGGGACACUCAUAAGUCGAGGUAUCACUCUAAUUAAUUAAAUGUAAUAAAAUAAAAUAGAAAACAUAUACAUAUAUUAUUCACCAUGGCAACUUUAAUAAUAUAUUGAACACAUUUAUAGGUUUUAAAAUGACAUCUCCAAAUAUUUCAAUAAGUGUGGUAUCGAACAAAAGACAUAACGUGCAACGGUGCAAGGAAGUUACUUCAUAAAUCCCGUUGGAAGUGUGCCUCAAGAACAAUGCCUUUAUUCGGACAUGCAUACUGUACAGUAGAUACAGUACAGUAGUGUUCACAUCAUCCAGCGCUGGAAGUAGACGCGCAACAGUGACGCGGCGCACCAUGUGUAAUGCAAGUUGCUUCAAUUGUCAAGCGUUUUAAGGGCUUUGAGUGUGCGUUUGUUUCUUUUUUUUUUUUUUUUUUAAUGGUAUUGAAAUGGCCUUUUAUUAAUGCAUAUAUUUGGUCUUCAGUUUACACUACAUGAAAUCUGAAUGUAUUUGUUUACAUACUGGCACACCUACACUUUAUUGCAGCGUCAUUAUUACAGUACGGUGGAGUCAAACAGCCCAACAUUUCGGUCGUGGAGUAGGAAUGGGGGGGGUAAAAAAAGUAGUAAAUAAAGUAUUAGAACCGUAUUCCUAUAUAAGUAAUGACUUUUUUCCUCGUUAAUAUUGUAUUUGAUUUUCUUUUUUUUGUUUUUUUUUUUUAGAAUUUUAUGACUUUCUUGCAAAGCUGCAACUUUAUUCUUGGAAUAUUUCAACUUUUUUCUUGAGUAUGUGGCCUUAAUGCCCCUUUCCAGAGGAAAAGACAACAACAACAACAAAACAAUCAUAAAGCAGCCUCAUAGAUACAGUACCCACUUAUUGCAUAUGCUUGAAUUUUGGGAUUAAUAUUUAUGCAUUAUUAACUGAAAAUGUGUAUGAAGGCAUCUGUACCAAAAUGUAACAGGGUCUUGAUAUGAAUAGACAUUUGUAGGCCCCACUCUUACAUCUAAACAAAUAUUUAAGUACACGUACCGGUAAAUAUAUCACAUGCAUUUAACACACGUUUGUGCUGUGAUGAUGUUGUUCGCCUACUGAAAUUGCUUUUUUAAUUUUUAUUUUUUUUCAUUUCAACUGUCAAUUUGAUAUAUUUUCUAUGACCACAAUAAAUGAUGAAAUUGAAUAGG